AUGGAAACCAAAGUGACAAAGCCAGAUGGAAAGAAGAGUUUAAACUGUAAUUCCUUUCUAUAUUACAGAUUCCUGUUCCUGGUUCUGUUCACUGUGACUGUUGUCUGCUCAAGGCUGUUAUGCAUCAACUCCCUGACAUGGUUUCCAGCACAUGUGCACUACCCAAAGACCCCUUGGAUAAAUCGAACCCAUGAAGUGAACAUGACUGCCUUGAAUAGCAACAUGACUGCCUUGAAUAGCAACACGACUGCCUUGAAUGGCAACGUCAGUAGCAUGACCACAACCCUUCAAUACCACUCAGCCCACCCACGCAACUACCGCUUUAUCAUGGAUAACACAGAGGCCUGCAAGGUCAAGACCCCUUUCCUGGUUCUGAUGGUUCCAGUGGCACCUGGUAACCUGGCAGCUCGACAUGCCAUCAGGAAGACUUGGGGAAAUGAGACACUGGUUCAGGGUGAGCUGGUCCAGACUUUCUUUAUGCUAGGCCUCAAUAAAGGACCAGGUACUGAGCAGCAGCAGGAAGCGCUCAAGCAGGAGAAUCUGUUGCACCAUGACCUGAUCCAGAGUAAUUUCAUGGACACUUACCAAAAUCUGACCACCAAGACCAUGGUGAUCAUGGACUGGCUGGUAACCCACUGCCCUAAUGCAUCCUAUGCUAUGAAGGUUGAUUCAGACAUGUUCCUGAAUAUUGAAAAUCUGGUAAACAUGUUGAAGAAACCUGACAUCCCUAAAGUGAACUACCUGACAGGAAUGCUCAUGUGGAACAGGCCAGUCGUCCGCACUAAGAACUCCAAGUGGUACGUGCCAGAGGAGUUGUACCCAGAUCACACUUACCCAACCUACACAUUGGGCAUGGGCUACAUAUUUUCUAAUGAUCUUCCAGAGAAAUUUGUUGAGAUUUCAAAGAGCAUCAAGCCCUUUAAUAUUGAAGAUGCCUACAUUGGCAUGUGUAUGAAACUGCUGGGACUUACCCCCUCUGGGCCUCCAAAUCCUUCCCAAUUCAAAGCCUAUAACUCGGGAUACAAUCGUUGUGAAUUCUCUCAAGUCAUUACCUAUAUCCUUGGCUCUGCACAACAGUUGGUGAAGUACUGGACAGACUUGAAAAAGCCUGGCUCACCCUGUUAA